AUGAGAUCGUGCAGGGGGGGCUAUGGUGAUAAUGGUAGCAAUAAUAGCGAAAAUAGAAUAGGGGAGAACGAAAUACUGAGUACUCCAGUAACUCCGUUCAUAGACAAACCAUCCCCUGCUGCUACGAAGGAAAUUGCGCUGAUCCUAAUGGACUCAUUUGCAUUUUACCACGGGCGGUUCUUGGCGCACAGGGCAAAGGUACUCUAUGGUAUCACAAUCGUACCAGUAUUUUCCAACUACAUGAAAGGGUUUUUUCAAAUGCAACAACCGCCGGACAUGGAUCAUCUGAUGUCAAUGUGUAUGCCCUCUGAAGAGGAGAAGGAAGCAUGGUUGAAACCAUUGGAGGGUUUCGAAUUAUUAGCCGUUCUAUGUGAAUCGGAUUCUGGAUUAGCGGAUGCAGAAAGACUAGAAUCUUUGCUCAACACAACCUUUCAGAAUGGUUUCAAUGAGGCUCGGCGGAACAAGUACAUGAUGAUAGAAAAGAUUCGAGAAGCGGGCAUUCCCGUUGUGAAGCAGAAACUUUGCUGUAGUGUGGAAGAAGCACAAGAGGCAGCUCGGGAGCUGGGAAUAGAAGAAUACAAAAAGGGAAAGUCAACGCCACUAGAGCAAUUGACUUCUACUUUCGUAGUGGUCAAACCCGUACGUGGGGUCGGAUCGGAAGAUGUCAGUUUGUGCCAAAGUAUAGCUUCGGUGGAGAAAGCGUUUCAUCAAAUCUAUGGGGGCACUGUAUUUGGCUCUCCUCGCGAAAAGCACCAAUCAGCUCUAGUGCAAGAGUUCGCAGAGGGUCAAGAAUUUGCUAUUGAUGUCGUUUCAAAGAAUGGAGAGCACAAAGUUGCGGCGGUGUGGAAAUACGACAAGAGACCGGCGAAUGGGGCCUCCUUCGUUUAUUUUGCGACUGAACUUUACAAUGGACCCGAGGUGGCUGAAAUCAGUGAUUACCUCCGACGGUGUCUGGAUGCGCUACAAAUUUCUUGGGGUAUUACCCAUUCUGAGAUUAUCAUGACAGCUCGUGGCCCGCGACUUGUGGAAGUCAACUGUCGCCAACACAACAUGGACUUCCUACCGCUUACCAUGGAAUGUAUCGGCUACAACGUGUUUGACAUGCUGCUGACAGCUUAUCUUGGAGACAAAGAUCCCGAUAUCUUUCCCCUGGGACCUGCAGCCGAACGCCUAGAUUGGGAGUUACUUCCUCUAAAUCCUUCCGUAAGGAUGUGUGGUGCAAUGAUUCACCUUGCCUGCUUUGCGAAUGGAACUCUGACUCACGUAAACGAAGAUGCACUAAAGGAAAUUCAGAAUAUGGACAGUGUAGUCGACUUGGAAGUGUACCCAGCGUUCCUUCAUGUUGGCAAUGAAAUACAGCCCACGACUGACAUUAAGACCGAUGCAGGGUGGGCUCAAUUAAUACACCCAGAUCCCGAUCAAUUCCAGAAAGACUACGACCGUAUCAUUGAGCUUAUGCCGUGCAUCUUUGAAGCUAAAACAUGA